CUGUGGUUCAGCUCUCUUCUGCAAGAACUAUAGAGAAUCACUGAAGUAUCACUGAGAGAAAAAGAAUGUUUGCGGCACUGAAAAACCUUUUGCCACUUGGUAUACUGGUAGCAAUCAUAUGUGUCAGUGACUGUACAGGCCAUGAUGAAGGCUCAGGUUCUUGUCCACAGUUUGAGCUACUGAGGGGAAGGGAUGGGAGAUAUGGGAGAGAAGGAGCAAAGGGAGAAAAAGGAGAGGUCGGGAGUAUCGGUCUCCCUGGACACCAGGGAGAGAUGGGGGGCCCUGGUAUUCAGGGGCCAGUCGGAAUAUCUGGUCCCCGGGGGGCAGUGGGGGAGAGAGGUGAGAGG